AUGGAUCCGAGUGCGCUGGAGCUGGACGCAGUGAAGUUCGCGCAGCUGGCGGUGCAGCGCGACCACGGCGGGCGCUACCAGGAAGCGGUUUUCUACUACAAGGAAGCUGCACAAGCCUUAAUUUAUGCUGGGAUGGCAGGGUCAAACUUGGAAAAUAUUCAAGAAAAGAUAAAUGAGUACUUGGAAAGAGUUCAAGCCCUCCAUUCAGCAGUUCAGUCACAGAACACAGACCCUUUGAAGUCAAAGCAACAGUUGGACUUGGAGCGGGCUCACUUCCUAGUUACACAGGCUUUUGAUGAAGAUGACAAAGGCAACGCAGAAGAGGCCAUAGAGUUGUACACAGAAGCGGUGGAACUCUGUUUGAAAACAGCUACUGAAACUUCAGAAACUGGCCUUCAGUCAAAACUAAAACAGCUGGCUCGGCAAGCACUGGAUAGAGCUGAGGCACUGAAGGAAUCUAUGUCAAAGUCAUCGCAGAAGGAGAAGUCAACUGUAGUUAAACCAAAUCAGCCAGUCAGAACAUUUUUUCCAUUGGGACCUGAUUUUUCUUUAAAUGAUAAACCACAAACAAUCAGAGCAGUGCAAGCUACUGAAUCUCAGGGUCAGAGAUACACUGCAGAGGAGAUUGAAGUACUCAGGAAGACUUCAAAAAUCAAUGGUAUCGAAUAUGUCCCUUUCAUGAGUGUUGAUCUGAGGGAACGUUUUGCCUUCCCUUUGCCAUUUUCUGAUAAAUGUGGCAAGUUACCAUUAUCCCCCAAACAGAAAGCAAUGUUUUCCAAGUGGGUGCGACCAGAUGAUAUAACCAAUAACCCUACGAUGAUUUAUACUGUAUCAAGUUUCAGCAUAAAGCAGACUAUAGUGUCAGAUUGUUCCUUUGUGGCAUCACUAGCUAUCAGUGCAGCAUAUGAAAGAAGAUACAACAAAAAGUUGAUUACCAGUAUAAUUUAUCCUCAGAAUAAGAAAGGUGAACCAGAGUAUAAUCCCUGUGGGAAAUACAUGGUGAAACUUCAUAUCAAUGGUGUUCCUAGAAAGGUUAUCAUAGAUGACCAGUUACCUGUUGAUCAUAAUGGAGAACUUCUCUGCUCUUAUUCUAACAAUAAAAAUGAAUUAUGGGUAUCCUUAAUAGAAAAGGCUUACAUGAAGGUAAUGGGAGGAUAUGACUUUCCUGGAUCAAAUUCUAAUAUCGACCUCCAUGCACUGACUGGUUGGAUACCUGAAAGGAUUGCCAUGCACUCUGACAAUCAAGCUUUCAAUAAAGACAGUACUUUCAGAAUGUUGUAUCAGAGAUUUCACAAAGGAGAUGUCCUUAUUACAACCGCGACAGGGGUGAUGUCAGAAGAGGAAGGAGAAAAAUGGGGUUUAGUUCCAACCCACGCAUAUGCAGUCUUGGAUAUAAGAGAAUAUAAGGGCCUUCGAUUCCUGCAAUUGAAAAACCCUUGGAGCCACUUACGUUGGAAGGGCCGAUACAGUGAAAAUGACGCAAGAAAUUGGACCCCAGAUCUACAAAAAUACUUAAACUUUGAUCCCAGAACAGCUCAGAAAAUAGACAAUGGAAUUUUCUGGAUUUGUUGGGAAGACCUGUGCCAGUAUUACGAUGUUAUUUAUUUGAGCUGGAAUCCAAGUCUUUUCAAAGAAUCUACUUGUAUCCACAGUACUUGGGAUGCAAAGCAAGGUCCAGUGAAGGAUGCCUACAGCCUGGCUAAUAAUCCUCAGUACAAGCUAGAGGUCCAGUGUCCACAGGGUGGUGCUGCAGUCUGGGUUCUGCUCAGCAGGCAUAUCACAGAUAAGGAUGACUUUGCACACAACCGGGAAUUCAUUACAAUGGUUGUAUACAAGACUGACGGCAAAAAAGUCUACUAUCCAGCUGAUCCUCCUCCCUAUAUUGAUGGCAUUCGGAUCAACAGCCCCCAUUAUCUGACCAAGAUAAAGCUGACCUCUCCAGGGAUCCAUACAUUUACCUUGGUGGUGUCCCAGUACGAGAAGCAGAACACUAUCCAUUACACCAUCAGGGUGUAUUCCUUGUGCAAGUUUACCUUUUCCAAGAUUCCUACGCCUUACACCGUUUCCAAGCGGGUUAACGGCCAGUGGAAAGGUCACACUGCUGGAGGAUGUGGCAAUUUCAGAGACAGCUACAAAAACAAUCCCAUUUAUCAGUUUCAGGUGGACAAGAGUGGGCCAUUGCUAAUUGAACUACGGGGACCAAGGCAAUACAGUGUGGGCUUUGAACUUGUCACAGUCUCAACAGUAGGAGACCCUGGUACCUCCGGCUUUCAGAAGAAGAAUAGUGGUGACUACAGGUGUGGAUUUUGCUACUUGGAAGUGGAGAACAUAUUUGCUGGCAUUUACAACAUCAUCCCCACCACCUUCCUGCCUCAACAAGAGGGUCCGUUUUUCUUAGACUUUAACAGUGCCACUCCUCUUAAGGUAUCACAGCUUCAGUGAGGAGAGAGGUUUGUGCGUUGCCACUUAAGGAGGUAGUUAAGAUUUAUGCUGCAGCCUGAGAACAGAUGACUCCACGUGUAUAAAAGAAAAUCGCACUCUUAAGUUUUAGCCAACAACAUGGAGCCACCAACCUGUCAAAUAAUUGCAGUAGGCAGUUACCCCUGGCUUUUGCUGCUCCAGAAUUAGAGUGAGCACUGUUCAACAGGUGUGUGGACAUGCUAAAAUGCUUGUACUCAAAAGAACAAGCAAGACUUCCUUUAUUCAGAUUUUCGACACUUCAAAUCAGGACCUGAUACAUUAAGAGAAAAAGUCAAAAUGGAAUUUUCUUCUCAACUACAGAGUAUGUGGGUUUAAGAUUUUUUUUUCUUACAAGUUUACUGUUAAGAAAAAAAAAUUCUUGUGAACUGCACUUACUCAAUUCAGGACCAAAACAUUGUAGAAGCUGCUCUCCUGAAGGUGUUCAGAGCUGAGCACAAUCAAACCUCCCUGCUGACUUUACCAUUGCUUGUCCAUAACAUGUAUGUAGGAGUAAAGCCGGAAAAGGCUAUGGGAGGACUUGGAGUGUCCCACCAUAAGCUCUUUCUAAAAGAAAAAUGAUGGCUUCAUACACAUUAUGGCUACUUUCAGAGCUUUCAGAGAAUGGUCUGAGCACGAGGCACUCCAUGGCUGUCUUGUCCUGCUAGAAUGAAGAACUCUGUUGAUAGAGAUGAGCACUAGAACUGGGGAGAGUUGACCAGCAGUACAGCACGGGCAGGAGAACAUGUGUGAAAGGCACCACGUGUGGUGGCUCUCACCAAAGGCGCACUCAUAAGAUUCUCUAUCUGUCUGCUGAAGUUGUCCCAUUUGUUGAUGCUAAGAGUUAGUGAAGUAGCUACCAUCAGGGCCCUAGAGAAGAUUUUUAUACCCGUCCAUUUUGUAAGUGUCCAACAGGCAUAGGAAGGGCCACCUAGAACUUAAGCUGCACCUGCAAGUAGAGUGCUUGCUCAUCCAAUGACACGUGACCAUCUAUUUAAAGCUGCACCCUUUUCUAUUACAUUACUCUUUCAUUACUUUCUUCAGUAUUUUUUUGGUUUUAGCAAUCAUGUGGCAGACAUGUAACUUCACAGGAUCUGACAUUUUGGGGGAGACGGUAUCUUAAAACAUUCCCAAGAUGUUCUUAGUCAUUUGGGUUUGUUUAGCAGUUCCUCAAGGGAAAAAAAUGUAGUUUAAAUUUAUUUUGGAGUGUAAGUGCUAUUUAGAAAUUAAGGACUAGGGAAUUGUGUGCUAAAAUUACUCCUAGAGGAGUCUGCUACUGCUUGGUCUCAAAAGUCCAAGUUUCCUUCUGUUUCACCUCCUUCGCUAGGCAGCUGCUUGGCAAGUGCCUAGCUUGAAAGGAGAGUAGAAACACAGGCUGUUCCGGACUGCAGGUCUCCCAAAUAGCAGCUGGGUCAGGGAGUUCAGGACAGGUUUGUCCCACUGUGACUCACCUUCUUACCAGGUGAGUUUCUGGUGAGGGUUGUAACGAAGCAGUGCAGGAGCAGCAUGGGCACAGGCCUGGGGGAGGCUAAGUUGCCUCAAGGACUGUUCUCUGUUACAAAAUCAAAAUUCCAUUUGCUUCCCAACACUUUUCCUGUAAGUGGGUGUUGAGCUUUUUAGCUCAGCCUGAACCAGAGUUCACUCCUUACAUGCAUUUUAUCAACUGCAAAGUGGAAGUUAGAGGUAGAUACAACAGGCAGCUUAGAUGAAUUUUGACAAUACAAGACAGAUGCCACCAACUGCCACCUUUCAAUACAAAGUACUUGGACUUUUUAUGUUGUUUGAGAUCACGUUAGUAAGACUUGUCUAGAGUAAAAGCUGCUGUUCUGUAGGUACCUUCUGCCCUGCAGUAAGGUAGGGGGGUUAUUUGGGGGGUUUUGGUUUGUUAGUUGGGUUGUUUUUUAAUUUAAGCACAACAAACAGCCAAAGCUUAUGCUGCUACUUUAACUAUAGGAUGAAACAAUCAUGAAGUUUAGUUUCCCUUCCAGAUCACAACUGUACUUGCACACGUGUUGAUAAGUAAGGAAUGGAUGUGUUUUCCUAAUGCCACAGAAAGGCUCUUUGCCCAAGGGCACAGUAACAGCUCUCGCACAGGACAUCAGUGACCUGGGCCCAUCCCAGCCACUCAAACCUUUACUUUCAGGAUCAAUGAUGUCCUUUAUAAAGCAACGCUUCCUCAAAUAUUGCAGCCUAUCUAAGGUGGUAGAGAAUCAUUGCUGCACAUUUCCUGCCAUAUAUAGGAAAGAGAACUCACAGGCACAAAGAAAUAGGAAAUAUUAAUAUAAAUCCUAUAUUUUUUGUUAUGAUGAUGUAAUUUUGGAAUGAAAUUUUCUUGCUUUUUUUUUUUUUUAAAUAAUUGGAUUAGCACUUAUGCUGUACUGGUUUCUGUCAGUAACUGUACUGCUAUUGUUCUUCUACAUACCCAGAAAAAUUAUUGGAGAGUGAACUGAUCCCUGAAUUGCAGUGCCCUCAACCACGGCUGUAAGUCGAGCUUCUCUUUGCCCUGUGCCACAUAGUGGUGUUGAUCCCCAAGACAGGAGAAUGUGACCUGCUGCAUUAAGCCCUGAGAAUUACAACAGAGACAGGACUUUUACAGCAGCAAUAGCUGCACAGUCCCAGAGUCAGCUCGUUACAGGCACAUAACCAUUACUUACACUAUGGUUACACUUAUAGUUACUUAGGGGUUAUACUUACAGUUAACAACCGCGUAACGCUUCAGCCUUAAGACUUCUCUGCCUCUAGCCAGGCAAUUCAGUUUCUAAACAUUAAAAUACAAAAUACCAGCGAGCAUCCUGCACCCUUCAGUUGUUGUCUGCCACACAGGGUACAGUUCCCACCACGACCUAACUGCACAAGGCUGGGGAUAAAUGACUGAAUGAAAGGCAGGUGCUACAGGAGCUUUAAGAGGAUUACAGCUUCCUUGCUAGUCACUGAGGGAAGACUACUACCAAGAAAAAAUUAUAUUUUUUUUCUUUGCAUUUCCCUGCAUGAAUCGUGCUGAGGGAUAACUGCAUCUAUCCUCUUGAGCUAUUUUGACAUUAGCCUUAUUUAUGCACUGCAAUCUUCUUCUGCAUUUCUAAACCCUACCUUCAAGUUGCACCCAGGAUACUGUAUGCUGCUGUGUUAUGGCUCAGGGUAAAAUUUCCCCUGCAAUUUUGUUUUGUUUCUCUAGGAAGGCAUGGGGUUAAUCCAUAGUUGAUACAAUCUACCAGUUCUCAAGGAUUUGCUGAGAGUUAGUAGAUGGAAGAAUGUUAUCAUGGUAGCUUCCCUCCCAUCUGCCCCAUCAAUCAUCUGCAGCUUCAGUCCUCCUUCUUUCAUGCAAGUCUCACGUACCUAUUUUGUACAGGGGUUUUUGCACCUGAUAAUGCCCCAAACUAGGUGUUUCAACAGACAGUUAUUUCAAAUUAAGUUUGUGCACAGACAGUAGUGCUCAUUGUUCAGUCAAAAAAGGACAUUUUAAAGGUGUAAUAAUACCAAAGAGUAGUAGAAUUCCUGAGU